UGUGGCCGGAAGUCCUUUUGUUGUCGCUGCAUGCAGUGCAUGGCGGAGCUAGCAUAAGUUCGUGUUGCUCCAUUCACUUUUAUGUGAAAAUAGAAAGGGCCUUCGAAGCUGUAACGCCUUUUGUGUAGACAGACACGGAGACUGUUGAGAAAAUUCAAGCAUUGUGUGUGCUAGCUUGUUUGCUAGUGUGUCCGCUGAGCAGUACGGACAUGUGCACACAGACGAGGGCUGCGGCUCUGAUGGCCAACAUACCGCAGGCUGACAUCGACCCGGCCGGCGUGUUUAAGUACGUCCUCAUCAGAGUUCACAGCAAAGAGGAGGGAGACGACUCGGAGGUGGAUAUAGUCCGAGGAUACGGCUGGGCCGAGUACCACGCUGAUAUCUACGAAAAGGUUGCUGAGGAGCUGGAAAAGGACGGUCACUUGGACUGUGAGUGUAUCGGAGGAGGGAGGAUCAGACAUGAUGCCCAGGACAAGAAGAUUCAUGUCUAUGGAUACUCCAUGGGAUAUGGAAGAGCAAACCACGCUGUCACUACUGAGAAACUGAAGGCUCGGUAUCCAGACUAUGAGGUGACUUGGGACAAUGAGGGAUACUGAACUGAACUAAGAUCAGUCUUUGCUGGACACCCUUCCUCCUGGACUAACAUGGCACUUAAUUGCAAGACUGUCGGACAGCCACAAGUCCUUAGAAAAACUUUUUUUAUGUAACAAUUUAAGAAAUUAAAUGGCAAACAAUGUUGUUUUUCACUACACUUCGUACUGUAUUUUGGUCUAAAACAAAUACUUGAUUAUCUUAGUGAAGCUUCAUUAGUGUGAAAACUUAUCAAGAAUUAUGAAUAAAAAACUGGUCAUGACAGUUUUGCAGAGUGACAUAAGUCGCUCACUGACUUGUUUUAGAGUCACAUAGCCUCAUAACAUUAACCUAAUCAGUAAGGUAAUUGGUGAUAAAAAAUUAACCACAAAUGCAUCAUCAUAAUGUAUGUUUAAUAAAUGUUCCCUGAAAUAUGCUUUUUUUCUUGUUGCCUAUCAGAAAAAUGAAAAGGCCCUCCAUCGUAGCUUAUCGUACUGUUGGCCAAGAGCAGCUGUGUUCCUGUCAGCCACUGGACUGUAAACCGAAUGUCGUGGCCUUACUUUAACAUGGCUAGAUAAGGCUAAAUGAACCUGAUGAUCUUUCAAGAUUACCAGUGAAUGAAAUCAUGAUAUAUACAUUCAUAUGCUGGAGCUAGAAGAGAGAGAGAAUACAGAGCUGCAGAGCUGGACGAUAUGAGAAAACUGAUGUGUUUUUUGAGCAUUAAAGCACGUUAACCUUUUCAAGAAGGAAUCCAAAAUAAAACUGAACCGGCAAAUGAG